CUCACACCUCACCCCCUCUCGACACUCCAAUGUGCGACGAACCGCCUUGGGCCCGUCCCGGGUUUGGUGUCUUCUACCUCCGGCCCUUGAACGACCGAGCCCAGGCAGCCAUCGAGAACCCUAAGAACACGGUCCAUGUCCGGCUCUCGAGAACCAACGAACGAGUCCUCUCGGUUGGCCAUGUCCGCUCAACCAGGGGCGAGCACAGGACUACUCUCAUCACAAUCGGCCGCGACGCCGAUAUUGUAGUCGAUGGAUGCAGCAUCGCCAAGAUCCAGUGCUCGUUCGAGAUUGAUAUCGAAAAGGGGCUUGUUGUCUUUUAUGACAGAUCGCACCUUCAGACCAGCAAUAUCCUCGGCCCCUGUGCCACACCCUUCCAAUCGGGUAGCCCUCGCAACACUCCCCUGCUUGCUGGAACCGACACCAUCAUAGGCAUGGGCGGUCCCCAGUCCACGCAUGUCAUGUUUGAACUUGUGUGGUAUGACGACCGUUAUAGAACCGUCGUGUCCCACCUGUACGAUCUGCACAUGAAGGACGAACAGCGGCUCUCCCGCAUGCCAACCAUCAACGACGCCGCCGACAAAACCCUGCUGUCCAAGAGAGAGGUCGAGUUCCUUGAGAACGAAUCGGUAUCCAAGGAGCAGCGACGACUCGAGAACCGUAAGUGGCAUCUCAUCUGGCGCCACCAGGCAUCUUUUCCGGCCAACCAAUUCAAGGCCGAAGUGAAAGCGGAGCUCGACAACCCCGAAAUAAGACAAGAGGCAAACCGGUCCUGCCUCGACUUGGAGGUGGUUGCUGCAGAUUACGUCAGACGAUCCUGGAUCAAAGAAGGCAUCUGGGACUACUGCCGGGACGAAUCAAAGGUCUGGAGAUGGAGACACGAAGAAAUUCCCGACCUCGGACUGGCCAAGGCAACGGAAACAAUUCCCUUCACACUGUUCACCUUCAGGUGGCUCUCCGAGGAGGACCUGGUAGCGAACUCGGCCGUUCUCAGGAUCAUAAUUCACCAGUGGGCAGAGCAAGACGGGGCAUUCCUUGCCACCCCAUUCUACAGAUUCAUGUACAAGGUGGUCACUGAGAUUGACCACGGACAACUCAGGGAGGCCCGCCAAAUAAGACGCACUUACGAAGAUGUCAAGGCCGCCUGGGAACGGAGAGGAAUAUGGAGCCCAGAUUGGGGGCCGGUUCCUGGCCUCGCCUGGACGCAUGAACAGCCCCUUGACGAGUACCUCGCCCACGAGAUGGCCAAGUAUGACUCUGAUGAAAUGGACCGCAGUGCUGGGUCCCACCGCAUUAGCGCACACCGGGCUUCAUCACCUCGACGACCCUUUGUGUGGGGCGUGGUCACGCCAAGCGAUGAUGGAAAGGCAAUGUCUCUGUUCGUGCCUGGAGAUGAUCCUGUCUCGCCAGCCCCGGACUCCAAGCGCAACCUCCUUUCUCCUGAUAGGCUCAAAGACCGAUCCGUCCAGAAGUUCGUCCUGAGCCAGAUCCACCAGGCAAAGGUUUCGAAGCCAGCGGCCGGAGGAGCCGCUCCGGGUCCCAGAAAGAGUAGGUUUCUGGGGCGCAUCAUCAAGGUGCCGGCACCAGCGAGCGAGCAGGACCCCGAGCAAGUUGCCACGACGCCAGAGAACAGAAAGACGCAAGAGUUUGAGCCCAAAGCGUUCGUGCCCCUCCUCGACAUGUCGGCAGAGGGGCGUGUCUAUUGCGCUGCUGUCGCUUCUGCUACCUGGGCCAAGGUCGCCCUGGUCGCCGAUAGGAUCAGCGCUGCCGACAAAAGUGCUGCCGCGAUUCUGCGGAUCUUGAUGGAACAGCCGAUGGAAGUUGACUGCCACUAUCCUAUCUCUACUGAUGAAGCCCAGCAGAUCCUCAGCGCCGGGCGACGUCUCGCUUCGAAACUAGUAAAGCUGAUGAGCGAGCCGGUGCGGAUCAGCGUGACGCGCCGUAUGGCGCCCAUCGAGGCGGCCUACCUGGAGGCGUCUCUGGAUGCCAUGCGGAAAAAGCGAGUCGCUACUCGGUCUCAGGCUGCUAUUCUCCGAGCCCAGGCGGUGACAGUAAACAAUGUCGUCGUCGGUGUCGCGCCUCCCGACUGCUUCGACCAGCAGGCGGCCGCCGCCACCAAUCUCUGUAAGCGAGCGACUGUCCGGUGUGUCGAAGAAAGAGUCAAGAAGAACGUCGAAGCCAUCUUGCGCAUGGCUACGUCCUUUAUCUGCACUCACGAUCCGCAGUUUGCUGGGCUUCUAGCCGAGACCACCUCUAAGACAGCCACAACCAACGACAGCGCCCGCACUCUGCAGCUUCAGGCCUCGGACCUAUGGCUCGGCCAGAUCCAAGCUGCGCUCCAAGCCGAGGCUGCCGCCGAGGUAGACAGCACCGACAUCCACACCGCCACCGACACCAACCUUGGCAUCUAUCCCUCGCUUUAUCAUCAUCACCAACAAGCCCUAGCAAAAAAACCCACCCGGCGGAGCAGCAGGAUCCUCAUCGCCUCGCGCAAGCACACCAGGUCGGCGCCCUCUGCAGCAGCACCACCAAAAGGAGGAGCAAGAACGGGCGGCGACGGGCCGGCAGCGAAACGCCUCCGCGCGGAUCUCUGCUCGCACCUCAUCCCGCAAAUUCUCGCCGCGACGGCAGUGCGCAGGCGCAGGGACAGGGACGGGGAGGUUGCCCAGCUCGCUGCCACUGCUGCUGCUGCUGCUGAAGAUGACAGGGCGAGUGCGGCGGGCGUCUGCUGCUGCCACUCGUGCAGGGCUGAGGCCGAGAAGCGCUUGCCGUGA